GUCACCCGACGACUUGUCAAUUCGCCUACAUCGUCUGAAUCAGAUUACCAGUGAAGGGGGCCAAAUCCGGACCAAAUUUGCAAACAAGAUGGCAUCUACCAAGUUCUCCUUAGAUACCAAGGCCAAGCUCUUAAAUGGUGCUAUGAUCCCGCAAAUUCAACUGGGCCUCUACAUGAUGUCUGGCAGAGAGACCACAUCUUCCGUCAAAUGGGCUCUCACCGCCGGCUAUCGCGGAUUUGACUGCGCUCAAAUGUAUCACAACGAGUCUGAGGCUGGGAAAGCUAUUCAUGAUUUUCUUGCCAGCAGCGAGAACACACAUGCCUUGACUCGUGAGGACGUAUUCUAUACCUCCAAGUUGGCAAGCAACGGAACGUCAUAUGAUGCAGUCCGCAAAUCGAUCAAAGGCUCGGUCAAAGCAUCUGGACUCGGCUACAUCGACCUUUUUCUACUUCACAGUCCUUAUGGCGGGAAGGAAGCUCGGCUCACGAGCUGGAAGGCAAUCGAGGAUGCGAUUGAUGACGGUGAGAUCAAGCUAGGCGGCGUCAGCAACUACGGCUCCAAGCAUAUCGAAGAGCUGAUGGCAUCGAAGCCCCGUAUCCAGCCAGUCAUUAAUCAAAUCGAGGUCCACCCCUUUAACACGCAAAUUUCCAUCAGGGAGACCUGCUCCAAAUACAAUAUCACCAUCGAAGCUUACGCGCCACUGGCACGCGCAAUGCGGAUGGAACAUCCCAAGAUUAUCCAGCUCUCCACAAAGUAUUCGUGUAGCCCGGCCCAGUUGCUUGUCAGGUGGUCUUUGCAGCACGAUAUGGUCACGCUGCCGAAGAGCUCUCGCAAAGAGCGUCUUAUUGAAAACGCCAACGUAAAUGGGUUCGAGAUAUCGGAUAACGACAUGGCGGCCAUGAACGCCCUGGACGAAAAUCUUGUAACUGACUGGGAUCCUACAGAUGCUCCGUGAAAAUGCUGGCAGCGGCUGAAAUCACACGAGUUCGGUCAUACAUGAAUUAGUGUAGAUGUAUGGAGUUCAGGAUGAUACACAGAGGCCUGGUCGAGACUUAUGCGUGGUCGUAGAAUCUUUGCAUCGUCGUUACAAUUUAGCAUACUACGGGUAUUCGAUCUUCGU